CUGCAGUGCCAGUGCAGAGCAAGUGCGGAGUGUACUUGAAGUCAAUAAACGGUGAAAAGUGAAAACUGUUACAAUUUUGAGCAAAUUGAGUUUUAUUUACCGUGUCGUAGCCAGAUAGACAAUAGGUAAUGAAUAAUGAAAUCUCAAUAGAAUGAGGCAGUCGUCCGGACUUCAGGAGGACCGGUGGUCAGAAGUGAUCCGGAAUCUCAUAUACCUGCACUGGCAGCGGCAUGCAGCGAAGUGAAGAUCCUGUGGCCCUGUUGCGUAACCCUGAGUAAGACCGCAUCUCUUGGCUCAGAUCCAGACCGUCGACGAAACAACAACAGAGCGGAACCGACGCCGUAACGGACGACUGUCUGAGCAGGGCGGGAAGGAGCCAGACACCGGCCCGUGACCCCGGCUCGCUGGACUAACACCGGGGACGGCCGUGACAGUGUGACGUCACACACACACCCUGUGGUGACGUCACGGCGCGGCCAAGGUCGGCCCGCGGUGCCCACCUGUGCCGCUGCGCGCGGCGCCGUCUGGCGGCCACUGUUUAUGGGCGGCGCGCCGUUCGCCGGCGGCUCGGCAGCCGGCCGUCGCCGCCGCUCCAGUCAGUGCGCGGCGGUUCGUAAGUGGGGAGGUGUGCUGCCGCCGAGCCGUGACCGUGUGCGGCGCGUCCGUCAUGUCUCGCCGCGGCGCCGGCCGUUUCUCACUGUUCGCUGAGGAUGGCGGUGAUUUUGGCGCGCUGCCGACAUCGCCGCGCAGCCGCACCGUGCUCGGCGCCGCCCGUGCCAGCAUGGACUUGGACCAGUUGCGCUCCGAGCUCCACCGCCGGAGCGACGCGGACGGUGAGCCGGGUGAGGACUUUUUCGGCGACAGCCGCCUGCGGUUUCAGCAGCUGCUGGACGGCGGCAAACUGGGCGCGAGGCGACGCUCGGGGGACGAUCGAUUGGCACAGCUGAUGGGUACUACGGGCCCCGGGCCGGGCGGCCCGCCCGCCGACGGCCUCCAGUCGCCCCGGGAGCCGGCGGACGCCACCCCGGAGCCCGAGCUGCUGCUGGGCAGGCCGCGGCCCUCGCUGCUGGCCAGCCGCUCGCCGCUGCUGGCCGAUCGGUCCCUGCUGGCCGGCAGGUCGGGCGGGCUGCUCGGCCAGCCGGGCCGGCUGAACGGCAGUCUGGCUGGACGUACCGCGGCCGGCGGCGUGCUCAGCUCGGCCUCCUCCAGCGCCGUCGUCAACUCGUCCUCGUCGUCCUCGUGCGCCGCGGUCAGCUCGUCCAGCUCUGUGGUGAACUCGUCCAGCGCCGUCGUGUCCAAGUCGUCCUCGUCCAGCGAGCUGCUGAGCUCGUCCGGCGACGGCCGGGCCGUGAUGGCCGCCGGCGCGGACGCGGUGGCGCCGCUGCCCAACGUCACGUCCAAGCGUCAGCAGACGUUCCAGCAGUCGCGCACGGCCUCCAACACGACGUUCAGCCAGUCGAUGGACGGCGGUCCGGCGCAGUCGAACGUGGUGCGCCACUCGGAGCAGCAGGAGACGCACUCGACUACCGAGAACGGCGCCACCAGCGUGGCCCAGCAGCGGCGCCAGCAGCACGAGGCGGCCACUCUGACGGCGCACAACGGCCAGACGCGGCUGGAGGCCGAGCGCGCCGAGCUGGAUCAGAAGAUGGCCGCGCACACGGGCACCGACGGCGUCACCGAGGUCCAGGAGGAGAUGGAGGCACGCGGCGGCGUCCGCCAGGCCACCUUCGAGCACGACCAGGACGGCGUGGCCCAGCCCGUCACCAGUUCCGGAAAGGACUUUGAGGCGCGCGCCCAGCUCGAGUACACGCACGAGGCGGCCGAGGGUGGCAGCGGCCAGUUCAAGAUCAAUAGCGGCCCGGCGGCGGGCGGCGGCGGCGCGGACGGUCCCGCCGGCCGGCCGCCCCCGCUCUGGCGGUUCUCGGCGUUCGGGCCGCUGAUCCAGCCGCCCAGCGGCAAGAUCCGCGGCCAGGUGUCCAUGCAGACGUCGCACAGCAUGUUCAGCUGCCAGGCCGGCGCCCUACCCAGGUUCAGCGGCGCCCAGUACUCGUUCGCCGACACGUUCGAGGUCUCCGAGUCGGAGUCGGAUGACGACGAGUUCUACCUGCCGGCGCCGGCGCGCCGCCGCCACCUGCAGUGGCGGCACAAGCCGGCGCUCACGCUCGAGGCGGCCGACGACGGCGCGUCCGAGGCGCCGUCGGAGGCGGCCUCCGAGCCGGCCGCCGAGCGGUUCGCCGAGCUCGGGGACGACGUGGCCCAGGCCGAGGAGGAGGCCCGCCGGCGCCGCGAGCGGCUCCACAAGAUCGCCCAGGAGCUGAUGGUGACGGAGCGGAAGUACGUCCAGGAGCUGCACCUCAUCGACCAGAUCUUCCACUUCCGCGUGGACCAGGAGAACCGGGCGCACCACAUGUUCAACAACGAGAUCACGGCGCAGAUGUUCUCCAACGUCAAGUCCAUCUACCAGUUCCACAAGGACCACAUGCUGCCGCAGCUGGAGGCGCGGCUGGAGAGCUGGGAGGACGACCCGCGGAUCGGCGAUAUCAUGAAGUCGUGCGCGCCGUUCCUCAAGAUGUACACCGAGUUCGUUAAGAACUUCGACAACGCCAUGAACCUGAUCAACGCGUUCGCGGCCAAGUCGUCACGGUUCGCGGCCAUCAUGAACGAGAUACACGAGAUGGAGGAGUGCGGAAACCUGCCCCUGCAGCACCACAUGAUCGUGCCCAUCCAGAGAGUGCCGCGCUACGAGCUGCUGCUCAAGGACUACCUGAAACGGCUGCCCGAGGACUCGCCCGACUACGACGACACCAAAAAGGCGCUGGAGCUGGUGACGCACGCGGCCACACACAGUAACGAGACGAUGAAGCGGGUCGACAAGUUCAAGCAGCUGCUGGAGAUUCAGGAGAACAUCAGCGGCGGGCCCGACCUCGUUUCGCCGACCCGGCAGCUCGUCAAACAGGGCAAGAUCAGCAAAAUCUCUGCGCGCGGCGGCGACCACCAGGAGCGCUACCUCUUCCUCUUCUCGGACCUGCUGCUGCUCUGUUCGCCGCGUCUCAUCAACAACCGCAUCAUCUCGGGGCCGGCGUACCGGCUGCGCGCCAAGUUCGCCAUCGAGGGACUCGAGGUGCUCGAGGGAGACAACCUGGAGACGGGCAACACCUUCUACGUCCACGGCGGCCAGAAGAACGUCGAGCUGUACACGCAGACGGCAGACGAGAAGGCCGAGUGGCUGGAGGCGCUCUGCUCGGUAGUGACCAGCUUCUAUCAGCGGCGCGCCUCGCUCAAAGCCGAGCCACAGGGCUUCGAGGAGCUGGGCCGCAAGGCGCCCGUGAUGCUGCGUCAGGAGGGCGUCUCGCGCUGCAUGGACUGCGAGAGCCAGUUCGGCAUGAUGCGCCGCAAGCACGGCUGCCACGCCUGCGGCAUCGUGGUCUGCAGCAAGUGCUCGCCCAACAAAGUGCCGCUGGCGUGCGAACAGAACAAGCCGGCGCGCGUCUGUAACCGGUGCCACGGCAUCCUGACGGAGCGUGCGUCUGGGGACGGCGGCACUGCCUCGCCGAAGGUGGCCGACCGGCGCGCCAGUGUGCUCGACGUCACCUACACCCGCGGAAAGGGCGUGCUCGACGUGCCGGCCAGCGCCGACAGCCUGCUGAGCGGCUUCCUGCUGCUGCGCGGCCGCAAGGCCUGGUGGCGGCGCUGGUUCUGCCUGCGCGCCGACUUCGUGCUCUACUCGUACCCGAGCGGCGAGUCGGACCGGGCGCUGACGGCCACCCCGGUGCCGGGCUUCUGCGUCACCUGGAGCGGCGCCGGCGGCAAACCCGAACAGGCCGUGGUCGACAAGGACCGCGAGCGCACCUUCAAGCUCAGCCACGCACGCAAGAGCUACGUAUUCCUCGGCGAGAGCAAGGAGGACGUGGCCAGGUGGGUGGCGGCGCUCCAGAAGGCCUCCCGCGCCGAGGCGCUGCCCCGGACACCCUCGGAAGUCUGACCAGCGGCUCCCGAGGGCCCGCCGUCCUCCCUCCCAGCCCAGCCGGCCUGCGCACAGCGGUGACCCGCGGUCACGUGACAGUGAUGUGUAACCUCCGGUCAGGUCACCAGGACUCUGAGAUGGACCGCUGCUGUUAGUCGAGUGAGCCGCGCCCCUCACUCUGUGGAGGCGAAAUGGGUUUGUGGCUGGAGGCGUCGGCCCGCGUUCAGGAAGGCACGUCUACGUUACGGUGUUGUGUUACAAAUGGUGUGAGAUCUGCGCAGUGUGACACUGGGGGCUGCGGCCCUUGUGACGUUUUGGUUUGUUCUGAAGACUGGCGAGUGUAUGGUCCGGUCAGUGCGCCCAGAAAGUGCAGGGAUCGGAAUGACGACGGACGCCGCCUAGCACUGAGGCAGCUGCCGCCAGCUCCCCUGUCGCGUUUGACACGCUAUUCUGUGAUUUUCGGUAAGAGUGUAUUGCGUUGUGAGAAGUGACAAACAUGUAUUAGGUCCGGCGCCCUGUGGCGCGGAUGGCGUGAGAUGACUUUCAAGUAGUUGUUAGCGCGGUGUCGUAUUCGACAGACCCAAUACAAGAAGGCCCUGGCCCGAUGCCGUGCUGGA